AUUCCAUCGGCAGAUUGAACGAAACCCCAACGCUGUCUGGUUCGGUCUGUCUCAUAGUUUCAGUUAAGCUCCCGCCCAUCUCCAACGAUAAUGAUGUUCCGUGAUAAAACUGGACCCGAUUUGAUAACAUUUCGCGGAUUUACCCCACCUCCACCGAACGAGGAUGACCUCCUGGAACAACGAAGAGCCUGCUCCCUGCUUGCGACGGAGACGGAGAAACCUGCCAACGGCGACAACGACGAUGGUCACGGUUCGUCGCCGAAUCUGUCGUUGUUCUUCGCGAGCCUGUGCGUGAUUGAUCUGUUUGGGGUGUUCCCCAUAGUGGCGUUGCCGAAAUCGAUUAUAUCGUGCGGAUUGUAUGGCAUUCCUUUGGUGUUGUUGGUGGUCACGUUGCAAAUAUAUACGGCAACUGUGUUGGGCCGCUGUUGGACCAUUGCCGAAAAGUUGGAUCCGUCCAUUGUCCGGAAGAAUCGCUAUCCGUACGCGGCCAUUGCGGAGUUUACCUAUGGGAAGCGGAUGAGUGUGUUCGUUACGGUGCUGUUGGAUAUGACGGUAUUCGGCGGAGGCAUUCCGAAUCUGCUGGUCGCUUCCCAGAACCUUCAGCUGAUGGGAUCGAAACUAACCGGAGGUGAAUUUGAGUUUUCGUUUUGCUACUGGUUGGUGUUGAUUGGAAUGUUUCUGUGUCCCAUUAUGUGGUUGGGAAGCCCCAAGAAUAUGCGGCCUUUGGCUAGUAUUUCGGUGUUAAUUUGUAGCAGUGUUGCCGUCUUGACGUGGUUGUCCAUUGGUAGGGAUACGUUUGUGACGAAUGUGAAUGGAACGGUAGUGCCGAGGGAUGAUUUUGAGCCUUUCAAGGGCAUCGAGCUGGGUAUGCCAUCGUGGAUUCGACUGUUGAAGGCCUAUGGAAUCAUAGCGUUCCAGUUCGAUAUUCAUCCCAUGCUGCUGACGAUCCAGGUCGAUAUGGAAAAGAAACGGAAGAUCGGCAAGGCGGUAUUCCUCGGGCUGAUGGCCACUUGCACGUUGUCAACGGUGACGACGGUUUUUGCUGCGUAUCGGUAUGGGAUGGAUACGACCAACAAUGUGUUGCAGAUCUUGCCGAAGAGUUGGCCGCUGUACAUCACUAUCUUGCUGGUAACACUGCAGCUGUGCCUUUCUAGUGCUGUGGGGAAUUCGGCGCUCUUUCAACAUGUGGAGGAUGUGCUGGGCGCUUCCAGAGACUUCACAAUCAAGCGAUGCGUGAUCCGUUCCUCGCUGGUAUGGCUAGCGGUACUGAUAGCCGAAAUUUUGCCUCGUUUCGAUGUGGUCAUGGGAAUCAUCGGAGGAACUCUGACCGGUCCUCUCAUCUUCAUUCUGCCGCCGUUGUUCUAUCAGAAGAUGACUUCCCUGGAAGCGAUCUACUACCGGGAAAUGGAGCGCAUCCAGAGCAGAGACACCCUGGUGUCCACCGACGAUCGGGAACCGCUGUUCCCCAGCGCCUACGGAUCGAUUGGACCGCAUUCCUCGACUGAGAUUCGGCGAAGUUCUCCUCCGACUUUGAAUUGGAUCGGCGAAUGCUUUUCGUUUUGCAACUAUCGGUUCCACCAGUUUUGUCGGUUUUUGUACAGUGAUUGCAUAUUGUCGGGGGCAGUCAUCAUAUUUGGAAUCGGGGCCACUCUCAUUUCUACGUAUUACAACAUUUUCGACGUCAAGGACAUCGGUACGCAGUUCUGGGGAUCUUGUGCCGCAAAUAUUACAUUGGUUAGUGAUCUCUAAAGCAGAGAAGGUGACGACAUUUCAGCAAUAGACAGAAACAACUUUGUACAACUAUGGGU